AAGAGAAUUUAUAUCUAUAUCCAGAAAACUCAAAUGUCCAUCGAAUUUAGCUCGAGGGAAAGUAAAUCAAAAUCACAUACCUUGGAGAAAGAAGUUCAAAGAAUUCUAAUCACUGAAGAUACUCCCCCUGUCUGCUUAAAAAUUACCAAAAGUAAAAACUUGGUUGCUCCACAAAGGCAGCAACGGCAAAGUUUCUCCUAAGGAUAGCUUAUUCUAACAGUCAAUUCGAAUCUAAAAAGCCUUAUUUACCGCUAAUAUCAACUCCGCAUCCUUCUCUCCUCUCUCUCCCUAAUCCCUAUCUAUAAAUAGUAAAUACGCAUACAGAAACAACCUUACCUCCACGUAGCAUCCCUCAAAAUGCCUUCUCCUUUAUUCUUUCUCUUCCUCUUCUCUGCACAGUUCCUCGGAAAUGUUGAAGCCAAUCCCAACUACAGAGAAGCCCUCUCCAAGUGCCUGCUUUUCUUCCAAGGUCAGCGGUCUGGUCGCCUACCUAGAGACCAACGAAUCACCUGGAGGUCCAACUCUGGCCUCUCCGAUGGCUCCUCUGACCAUGUGGAUCUGACAGGGGGCUACUAUGAUGCUGGCGACAACGUAAAGUUCAAUUUCCCAAUGGCGUUUACCACCACAAUGCUCUCCUGGGGAGCUCUGGAGUAUGGCAAGCGAAUGGGGCCUGAGCUCCAAAAUGCUCGUGUAGCCAUCCGAUGGGCCACAGACUAUCUGCUCAAAUGCGCCAGGGCAACUCCAGGCAAGCUUUACGUUGGAGUAGGGGACCCUAAUGCCGACCAUAGGUGCUGGGAGCGACCGGAGGACAUGGACACCCCUCGUUCCGUCUAUUCUGUAUCACCCUCCAACCCUGGCUCUGAUGUUGCUGCUGAAACCGCAGCAGCUCUGGCGGCAUCGUCCAUGGUUUUUAGGAAAACAGAUCCCAAGUACUCCCGUUUGCUAUUGUCAACAGCCAAGAUACUGAUGCAGUUUGCCAUUCAAUACAGGGGUGCUUACAGCGAUUCCCUUGCUUCUGCAGUUUGUCCUUUCUACUGCUCCUACUCUGGUUACAAGGAUGAGUUGAUGUGGGGAGCAGCAUGGCUGCUUAGAGCAACCAACAAUCGUUAUUACGCGAGCUUCAUAACAUCCUUAGGAGGCGGGGAUCAGCCUGACAUAUUCAGUUGGGACAAUAAGUAUAUCGGUGCUUAUGUCCUCCUCUCACGUCGAGCAUUGCUGAACAGAGACAGCACCUUGGAGCCCUACAGGCAAGGAGCUGAGAAUUUCAUGUGCAAGAUCCUGCCACAUUCUCCCUACUCAACCACACAGUACACUCAAGGAGGAUUGAUGUACAAGUUACCUCAGAGUAAUCUGCAGUAUGUGACAUCCAUAACAUUCCUGGUGACGACCUACGCCAAGUACAUGAAAUCGGCGCGACGGACUUUCAACUGCGGCAACUCGGCGAUCGUAGCGAACUCGUUGAUAAGCCUGUCAAAGACGCAGGUGGAUUACAUACUGGGGGAAAACCCCUUGAAGAUGUCGUACAUGGUAGGAUUCGGACCAAAUUUUCCGAGGAGAAUCCACCACAGAGGAUCGUCUUUACCGUCUCUGGUGGCUCGAUCGAAUACAAUGGGGUGCAAUGGCGGAUUCCAAUCCUUUUACACCCAAAACCCUAACCCCAACAUAUUGACAGGAGCCAUAGUAGGAGGACCCAAUGAGAAUGAUGGGUACCCUGACCAGAGGGACGAUUACAGCCACUCGGAACCCGCCACUUACAUCAACGCCGCUCUCGUCGGGCCGCUCUCCUACUUCGCCGCCUCUUCUCCCUCUGCUUGAUUAGAUAGCUUCGUACCUUCUUCUUUUACUAAACGUUUGGGCUCUGAGCCCUUCAAAUCAGGGCUCAACUCUUUUGGGCGGGGCCUAUACGUCUGUGGUUUCAUAUCCAUAGUAAACAGGAUUUUUAAAAUGUAAUUUUUGAGCGUCAUUACAGAUAGAAGAUGAAUUUUGUCCGCCUUUUCUUUAA